CCAUCUGCAUGUCGAAGUUGCAGGCCAUCCAUACCCUAAACAUGCAUGGCCCUCAAACCUCCACGAUUCAUUCAACAUUUCACAUUCCCAAACACUAUUAAAACACCAGCAAAAACCACUCCCCAACCCCCCCCCCCAACAAUCUAAAACAACCAAAAUGGAAGUAGUGAAGAAUCUAGAUCUCCAAAGAUUCAUGGGAAGGUGGUACGAAAUAGCUUCCUUCCCAAACUUUUUCCAGCCCAAGAAUGGGGAGAACACGAGGGCAACCUACACGCUGAACGAAGAUGGCACGGUGCAUGUGCUGAACGAGACGUAUAAAGAUGGCAAGAAAGUGUCCAUUGAAGGCACUGCUUACAAGGCCGAUCCCAAGAGUGAUGAGGCCAAGCUGAAAGUGAAGUUCUAUGUCCCUCCUUUCUUGCCCAUCAUCCCUGUCACUGGUGAUUACUGGGUUCUGUACAUUGAUGAUGAUUAUCAGUACGUUCUUGUUGGUGGAGGACCUACCAAGAAGUUCCUCUGGAUAUUAUGCAGGAUAACACACAUGGAUGAUGAAACCUACAACUUUCUGGUGCAGAAAGCUAAGGAUUUGGGGUAUGAUGUGAGCAAACUGCAUAAGACCCCACAGACCGAUCCACCGCCGGAAACGGAGGAUGUCCCUAAAGACAAAGGCAUCUGGUGGAUCAAAUCCCUGUUUGGGAAGUAGGAAUCUGAAAUGAAUGGAAUCAUGGUGUAUGCUUGUCAGAUAUAUAAAUAAACAUCUCAUCAGAAUCUUGUCUUGGUA